CAUGCUUAUCGCGUACCUUGUAUCACUUGCAUACACUGUUUACGGAGUAUGCAGGAACGACUUGCUAACGGUUUUUGUUAAAAAUUUCGAACCCCAACGAAAUAACAUAUAUGUAUUCUUGUACAAACGUUCUUUCAUUCACGAGAUGUUCGAAUCACUUUACAGCGAAACCGCAUAAGCUUGCGCGAUCGAAUGCGAUGCUUGAAAUGAUUACUGCUUCCGGAUUAAACACAUCGCCGUGAUCUAAUUCUGGGACAUGUGUCUUUCGGACGACACUGUCAUUAAGGUGAUCGAUAUUCGUCGAUAACGGUCGUGCAUUACUUUUGUGCAGUGUGCUUCGAGUAGAAGGAUGGCCAACCGAGAUCCGUCCGUUUCGUCCAAAACCGCGGAUGACCACAGCGUCGAGACAUUGGCAGAAGUUUUCCGAUGUUUUAUUUGUAUGGAAAAGCUGAGAGAUGCGCAUCUUUGUCCUCACUGUAGUAAAUUAUGCUGCUACACCUGCAUCAGGAGAUGGCUUACUGAGCAACGUUCUCAGUGUCCUCACUGCCGAGCUUCUCUUCACUUGCAUGAAUUAGUGAAUUGUCGCUGGGUAGAGGAAGUGACUCAACAACUUGAUACGUUGCAAGCUGUUUGCAUAUCAAAUUUUCGACAUGAUGAUUCUAGCAGAGACAGAUGCACAGUACAUCAAGAAAAAUUAUCAGUAUACUGUUGGACUUGUCGCAAAUGUAUCUGUCAUCAAUGUGCCCUUUGGGGUGGCACUCAUUCAGGACAUACCUUUAAACCUUUAGAAGAUGUUUAUGAGCAACAUGUUACACAAAUUAAAGCAGAAGUGGGACAAUUAAAUAGACGACUUAUGGAACUGAUCAGCCUAGUUCAAGAAGUGGAGAGAAAUGUAGAAUCUGUAAGAGCAGCAAAAGAUGAGAGAGUCAGAGAGAUCAGAAACGCAAUAGAGUUAAUGAUAGCUCGCCUGGAUUCUCAGUUGAAGGCCAAGCUGCUGACUUUAAUGGGUCAAAAGAAUUCAUUGACUUUAGAAACUGAACAAUUAGAGGCACUGUUGCAAGAAGUGGAGUAUCAGUUGCACUCAUGCACACGCUCUGAAUUGAUUGUCAAGAGCGCAGAGCUUUCUCGCAAAAUACAUCAAGUUCGCAAAAAGCCAAUGACGAGUUUUGUCACCGCACCAGUACCUGCUGACUUUCACAGCGAAAUUGUGCCGGGCUACGACAGCGCGACGUUUGCGAUGCAAAAUUUUACUCAGCUUCAACUCAAGGCUGAUCCAGUGUAUUCCGCACCAUUGCAUGUAAAUGGAUUAUGCUGGCGACUGAAGGUGUAUCCGGAUGGCAAUGGAGUUGUGCGUGGAAAUUAUUUAUCAGUUUUCUUAGAGCUCAGCGCUGGAUUGCCGGAGACGUCAAAGUAUGAGUAUAGAGUUGAAAUGAUUCAUCAAGGCUCUCGUGAUACGAGUAAAAAUAUUGUUCGUGAAUUUGCAUCGGAUUUUGAGAUCGGCGAAUGUUGGGGAUAUAAUAGAUUCUUCCGAUUAGACCUACUUGCAACAGAAGGUUAUUUAAAUACUGAAUUGGAUACUCUUAUAUUGAGAUUCCAGGUACGACCACCGACAUUUUACCAACGCUGCAGGGACCAACAAUGGUACAUUAGUCAACUAGCAACGGUCCAAAAUCAGUACCUCGGUCAAAUUAACGAAUUGAAAGAGAGAUUAGCGAUAGAAAUUUCACGUAAUGCCGUGGCGGCUACUAGAGUCACUAAUGGAACUCCAAUGUGUGGAUCAACUGGAAAUGCAUCUUUACAGCAAGAUGCAAGCGAAACGGUUAAUUCAAACGCCACGCGAACAAUUGACAUGUGUCCCACUGCAAAUGGACCAUCAACGAGAUUGAUAUCGAGUGCUCUUUCCGGCAAUAGCGCAACAAUGCCAGGCGAUCAAUUGAUGCCAAUGUGCGAAUUGGGCGAGAUCUCGGGUAUACAUUCUCUCAGCUCCGCUUCAACUUUAUCAUCGAAGACGUCGCUGAAGGCGCAUCGUGCCAGCAACAAUUUGAAUGUGGUUGAGGCUGACAAUACUUCAUCGCCACGUCGCGCCAACAAUAUAUCACUCGGAGAAUGUCAAGCUGCGGGGAUUCAUCUCAACCCCUCUUCGUCGCCCUACUCGUCGCCUAGCAUAUUCGGUCAACAGCCGUUGAACUUACUGUCGAAAAACAGCGCUAGCGAUCCUCUGCUGUCCGUGUCGGCAUUGUCAUCGAUGACAGGCAACACGCAUCGAGUCAACAUUGUUGAAGGCGAUGUUGCGCAGCGUUGCACCAAUAACGUGUCACCGGGAGAGUGCCAGGCUGGUGAUGUCCAUUCCUCGUCGUCAUUUUAUCUGUCUCCAACGUUGAAUCUCUCAUCCAGUAGUAGCAGCAGUAGUGACGGCGAAUUAAGCGAACAUGAUAUUUUCAUGGACGAGUGUGAACAUAACGAACCCAACAUUACGCUCUUGGACCUGACAAAUGAUGAAAACGACGUAGACGACGAAACUAUGUCAGGAGAAAAUGAUGUUGAAGUUGCGGAAUCUCUUGCGUCAUGGGUUCAGAACAAGCAGUGUGCAAAGCAACAGAACAACAGGAAUACCGAUACAUGCAGGAUGAGAGAUAUGAUGUUAGUGCACCUCUUUGACAUGCAAGAAAUGAACUCUGCGUGGACCUCCCUGUGUCUUAGCCAACAAGCGAACGAAAAUUGCGACUCUAGGAGCUCGCUCACGAGUUUGCGACGUCACAGUUCCAGUCCGUUGCACUGCAACGCCAUGGUUCAACCUACUGCCACUUCGACGUACUCGCACAAGCACCCUGAGCUUGAUGCCUGCAACGAUCUAAAUCCAAGUACCGACAAUAAACAAUCUAAUUGUGUCUUUCAUCAUCCUCAGCCACAGGCGAUUUACAGCGCUAAAACAAAAUUGAACCGAUUGCCGAGCAUUUGUCAGUCGGAUCUGGCCGCGAUGAUGCCUUCCGGCAGUCAAACGACCAGGUCUGAACCAGCGACGCGUUCCAACUCGAUAGAUUGUGAGAAUGACAUUUCAAAGCUGCCAGUUAAUAAAAUCAAUCACAACAUGGAGCCGUCUAGAUUGCGCCUAGAUUUGAUAGUGCCAAACGUACUUUUAGACAGUAACAAAAUUAUGUCAAAGCACCUGCUGUCUCGACGCCAGUCCUCUCCGAGCUCGUCUACUAACAUGAAUUUAAUAAAUGAUAACAGCAAGAUGUCCGAAUUUGACAAAUUGCUCGAAUCCAUUCAAUUGUCGCCGGUGAAGCAAAAAGAUUUGGCUACUUGCGGAGGAAGUGGAGGAAAAUCGAGGAAAAAUAUUUCGUCCGACAUAAAGAAUAACGCUACUAGUGGAGGCGCCGCUGCACUCUCCUUAGCACAGGAAGGUACAUCAUCAUCAUCUACAAGCACUGCGAUGACAGCAGAUACUAUUCCGAGCCCCAACAGUUAUAGCUGGUCGCCAGCAUUGUAUCACACGCACGGACAAAAAGCUGUUCUAGAUAUAGCUGUGCAAGGCUCUUCAAAUGAUACUCCUAAUAAGACUAUUGAUAAAUCUACAGAAAAAACUGCCAGUUUGCCGUAAUAGUUUAUAACUUAAUUAUAAUUAUAAUAUAGCAGACGUUCUGUGAUUUCAAUUUCAUCAAAUGUUAAUUAUAAUCACGAGAUUGACGAAUAGAACACUUAUUCUGUCAGACAGGAUAGUUCUAGAAUGAAUAUCAUUUUUGCAUCCGU